AUGAUUAUACUUUAUGAAGGACCGACCCAAGUGUAUUCAUGCGAAGAUGAGUUAGUCAUUAAUGAUAUCUCCAAUGAUACACAAAAAGUCUUCAACUCUCAAAUAACUGUGUGUACCUAUGCUCUGCUACCAACUGAAACUCUUCGGUCUUUUUGUGUGAACCAGUCUUUUUCUCUCUCUUCUCUCUCUCUCUCCUCUUCUCUUCUGUCUCUGUCUCUCUUCUGUGUGUCUCGGUCUCUCUCUCUUCUGUCUCUGUCUCUGCUCCUGUUUGAUCUGACGAUUGUUAUGGUCAACAUCGCUCAAGCGCAGAGCGUGCAUUUCAGUGUGUCUGUUUUGAACCGCACCUCUCUCUCUCCCGAUCAAGACCGUGAACCAUGCUGGCCGAAGACGUCAAGCCCGACUCAGAGGAGCAAUCAGAGCCCACCAAGACAGUGGAUCUCAAUCGCGACGAUGCCCUGCAAAUUAGCAUCGCCGACGCUCUGAAUGAACAGGACAUUGUUAAAUUCACUGUCCACACCAAGACAUCCCUUGAGCGCUUUCAAAAGCGCGAUUUUCAAGUCACACGCCAACAUGAGGAGUUUGUCUGGCUCCAUGAUCGCUUGGUUGAGGACCCAGACUAUGCUGGCCUCUUGAUUCCUCCUUGCCCGCCCAAGCCCGACUUUUCUCAGAGCCAUGGCAAGCUCGCCAAGCUGCAAGCUGGCGACUCAUCCAUGACGCCAGAAGAGAUUGAAAAGCUCAAACAGGAGAUUCAAGGCGAGUAUCUGGCUGCCUUUCAAAAGACAGUUGCCAUGCACGAGGUUUUCUUGCUGCGACUGGUGACCCACCCCAUCUUUCGAGAGAAUGCCCGCCUCCAGGCCUUCUUGGAGUUUCAAGAUGACCUGGCCUGCAAGAGCAAGUCACGCACCGAGCGCGCCGGUAACUACCUGAAGAGCCUGGCCAAGAACUUUGAUUCUUCUCUGGCCAACUUCAAGGAAGCUGAUGAGUUUUUCGAGGACCAGCGCUCCUUUGUGACACGCUACAUCAACAUGAUUAAGGAUGCUAAGACCAAAUGCGGAAACAAGGUGCAGCGCCGCCAGCAGCUCGUCGCCGCGCUCGGUCGCGUUGGGGUGGCUGAAACCCAUCUCGGCCACAUGUACCCCGUGGAGAACCGCGUUGGAGAAAUCCUGCGCCAAGUGGGUGACUUUACCGGCAAGGCGCAAACAAUUGAGAAGAAGCUUGCAGCCAAGGAAGACCUUAAGCUUUUGGAUCUCCUGGUAUACUAUGCCGCAGAUGCCGUGGCAGCACGUGAGCUCAUGAUGCGCCGCGUCAAAGCGCUGCAGGAGCAGGACCGCUCUGCUAAAGCUCUUGUCAAAGCGCAGGCCAGCGGCAAGAAGGUCUUGGAAAGCCAGGAUGCUGCCAAGGCUGCCGAAGAACGUGCCGUUGAAAUCUCAAAGUCGGCCAAAGAAGAACUCAACACCUUUAAGAAGCGUCGUGUGGCCGCCUUCCGCAAAGGCAUUGUGCAAUACACCCAAACACAGAUGCGCCAAGCCCAGGAGCAAUACCGGUUAUGGAAGGGCCUCUUGGGUGAGCUCAAAGGCGAGCCUGUUGAGUAGAAGAAGCUGCUGGAAGCGAAGCACUUGUGCUGCCACAACACAGGGCACACUUGGCUGAAUAUCUACCCUCGCCAGUUGGUGUGGUUUGCGUUCGCCAUUCAAGUGCUCUGUUGUCGGCCCACCGUUGAUCUGUUGUGCAAGAGAAGAUGGUGGCUUCAAACCAUCCAACUCAAGUCCCUCUGGCCGUUCACACGCCCAAAGUAAAUCCCAAAUCGUCUUUUUGUUUUGGUUUUGAUACCCUGACCAUCUAAGGGUGCAUGGAUAGGUCGCUUUGCUCGCUGUUUGUUUCCAGCGCUGGCGUCGCUGUUGAAUGUUAGUAGAAACACGAAACUCAGAAUUGGCAUGCUUGACAUGU